AUGGCCGCCACCCCUGACCUGCUCUGUGCCCGGAUCGGGCAGCACCCGCAGGGGUUCAUCCGGCGGAGGCGAUCUGGAUGGCGCCGUUAUAGAGCUGUGAUCUUUGCCGAAAGCGGGGUGCUCCUCCCGUCCCCUUACAGGACAGCCAUGGACUGGGAGGCCCGGAAUUGUAUUCCAGCUGGCACCAUCCAGCAAGCUGUGCUCUCUGGAGGUGAAAACAGUCCCUCUCUGAAGUACACAAGAGGAGAGCUGACAACUGUGGAGUUUUUGCAGGAAUUGGGACAGCGGUGCUUUGAGAUUGCAAAUGUCUGUGUUCCAGUGGACUCUUUUCUCUCGGACUUAAUCAGGAAUGAGAUGACAAAACAGCUCCCCAUAAUGGCGGAAGCAGUACAGUGUAUCCGUGCAGAAGGCCUGCAGACAGCUCUUCUGAGUCUGCAGAAAGCAGCAGCUGAAAUUCUUUACAUGCAGGUGGUUGAAUCUUAUUGGGAAGGAAUGCGCAAGCCAGACCCUCGUAUCUACAAGCUGUGCUUGGACCGCUUGGGUGUUCAGGCCCGGGAAUCCAUCUUCCUCGACAACAGCAGCCAGAACCUAAAAGCAGCAGCCCAGCUUGGCAUGAAAACAGUGAAGGUCGAUGAUCCAAAAGCAGCACUCCAAGAGCUGGAAACCUGUCUGCGUUUUCCUUUGCAAGGGUUUGUUCCAUAUACCUGUUCAGUGAGACCAAGCAUGGAAAUCCCAAAACAUCAUCUGCAAAAGUACCUUGAAAAUGUUCUUGGUGACCAUGCAACAGGCCCACUAGUGUUACGGCAGUUUGGCCACGGGCGGUCUACGCUCACCUAUUUCGUCAAGUUUGGGGAACGCUUGCUAGUGCUGAAGAAGGAGCCCUCUGACAGCCUGUGUCCCUCAAGCCCUGCCGUCAGAAGGGAAUACAGCUCUCUGACUCGCCCUGGCAGGGUACUGAAGGCACUCUCUGAGGCUGGUGUUCCUGUUCCUACUGUACUUGCUCUCUGCGAGGACAGAAGCACCCUUGGCGCACCUUUCUACCUGAUGGAGCACUGUGCUGGGUGCAUCUACAGCGAUGUCUCCCUCCCCACACGGCAGCCUAGCCAGCGGAGGGCUAUUUAUGCUGCCAUGAGUCAAGUCCUCUCCAAGAUCCACAGCGUAGACCUCAAAGCAGCCAAGCUGGAGGACCUCGGGGAGCAUGGUAAUUACAUUCAGCGGCAAGUUGAGACCUGGACAAAGCAGUACCGAGCUGUGGAAACUCGUGUUAUCCCAGCGAUGGAGAGACUCAUCCAGUGGCUGCCUCUGCAUUUUCCAGAAUCUCAGAAGACGACGGUUGUGCAUGGUGAUUUCAGGAUGAACAAGCUGGUCUUUCAUCCAGACAGGCCAGAAAUCCUCGCUGUGCUUGGCUGGAAGCUUUCAACUCUAGGAGAUCCCAUCUCUGAUUUGGCGAAUAACUGUAUGCUCUACUUUCUGCCACCUCACUUCAGUGCACUGAGAGGCUUGAGGCAGUGUGAUUUGGGGCGCCUGGGAGUCCCCACGGCAGAGGAGUACAUCCAGAUGUACUGUGGCCACACGGGAGUGGAGAGCCCCGAGAACUGGAAUUUCUACUUGGCCUUCGCCUUUUUCCGACUGGCUGCGAUGCUGCAGGGGCUCUACAAACGCUCUCUGGCAGGGAAGCCAGAUCCAGGUGAAAUCAGCCCGGAGGAUGCAGAGUUUGUGGCCAACCUGGCUUGGGAGUUCGCCAUAAAAGAAGGAUUCCGUGUGUUUGACAGCCUCCCCACCACAAAGCCUCUUGCGGGACGUUACAGCACCUGGGCCGGGCGAGGGCCGUUCCUUAGCAGGAGCUAUGCUACCUGGCCACAUUCUGGAGCAGCUCCUGUGCCCAAAGUCUCCCUGGUCACUCCCCCCACCAGCCUGUUGGGCAUGGCCCAGGGUCUUUACUGCAAGCUGGAAAAGAUCAUGGGCAUCCAGUGGGGUUUUCUGAUUUCCCAGCCCAAAUGGACUCUGCGUCAUGUUCUAGGACUGAAG